AUGAAGUUCUUAUCGGCCGGCCUCUUGGCCCUCACCGUUCCUCUUGCCAAUGCGGCCGCAUUCUCCCUCUUCGACCCCUCGCAAGUCUCAUUGAAGACUGAUGAGCCCAAGUUCCCUGUUGAGGGUGAUAACCCGUUGAACUACUGUGCCGACCCGGCUAGUUACCGCCUCGAAAUUGAGUCGGUGGAUCUCACACCCAACCCACCUCAAGCAGGCCAGAAGUUGAUCAUUUCCGCCGAAGGCACUCUGCUCGAUCGAGUUGAGAAGGGCGCCAAGGUGAACCUCGAAGUGAAGUGGGGUCUCAUUACCUUGAUCUCGCAAACCGUGGACCUCUGCGAUGAACUCAAGAAUGUCGAUAUGGCCUGUCCUUUGGAGAAGGGCAAGAUGGUUCUGACCAAGGAGGUGGAGCUGCCCAAGCAGAUUCCUCCCGGCUCAUACUCAGUUCUCGCUGAUGUCUACAACAAGGACUUGAAGCAGGUCACCUGCCUGACCGCUACCAACAUACAAUUCCACUUAUGA